CGGCUGCUGAUUGGCGCUGCCACCCCUAGAGCGGGUGCCCGGAGCGUGCCGGCAGGCGUGCGGCCAUGUCGCUGCUGCUGCGCCUCCUGCGGCGGCUGCUGGCGCACCUGGGCUGGCCGCCCGACCAGGCCUCGCUCCUGGGGAGCCGCGCGGUCGGCGUGGGCCGUGCCCUGCAGCGCUGCCUGCCUUCGGCCGCCGCCUCCCGCGGGCACCUCCAGCAGCUGCGCGCCGCCCUGAGGAGCUGCGGGCUCAAGAUCAUAUCUGUUUGGCAAAAAAAGCAAUACGGGUCUACACGAAGUGUUGUCCGGAGACUUGGGACAAUUCUUUCCCUAGAGCCCUACCCAAGACCUUAUUUUCAACUUGUUCAAGACCCGUGUCCAUUGGAUUAUGAUGAGCAAAGCACAGCUCCGGCUCCUGUAGCUCCAUCACUUGCUGAUGUCCUAUGGGUGGCACGUGACGAGGGGCAAGCAUUUGCUAGAUUCAGGACUGAAUUAUGGAGAAAAGAAAAAAGUACAGCUUAUCGUGACUUACAUCCAUCUAUAGAUUCCAUACCAAGUGUUCCAAAAAACAGUAUACAAAAAGACAGUCUUGUUGAUCGAGCAGCACUUCAGAAAAUUUCUGCGCUUGAAGAUGAGCUGACUUUUCUUCGUGCUCAGAUUGCCACGAUUGUUGCAGCACAUACACUGGGAAACAUUCCAUCACAAGCCUUUAAAACAUUCAGCCUUCCAGAUGGAUCUUACCCAGUGCCAGCCAUGACUUCUACGCCAUUGUCCGUCUCUCACAAUCACUUUGUAAUUCCUUCGCCGCCUCCGCUCCCUUCUGGUGCACCAUCUGCUGUUGGUGCUAGUAAUUCAGCAAUUGAACUCAUAAAACAACGGCGUGCUGCAAGAAACAGUGCUUCGUCUACAGCUGAUAGUGCUGGUCACCAGAGGACAAAGAACAUUCCUAGUAUGAUGGAUGUUUUGAAAGACCUAAACAAAGUUCAGUUGCGUGCUACUGAGAGGUCACCUGGAGGCACUCCUCUUUCUAAACCCAAAAAAAGGCUAAGUUCAGAUUGGGAUCCAGUUGCUAUACUAACUCAUGCACUGAAACAGAAAUUUGCACAUAAAUUUGAAGAUGAUGAUGAUUCACUGGACAAAGAAAAUAGAUCUUUUGAUAGCUCCCCGUUUUCUAGUCCAGAGAUCCCACUGCCUAAUGGAGGAAAAUAGUAUUGGAAAACAUGUGAUGGAAAUCCAGACAUUCUUUGAAGGCUGCAGCUAUACUCAUGGCUAGUUGCAUGACUGAAAAUUUAAAGAAAACUAAGAUGUGUGUUUCUUUUUCCUGCUAUAACAAUUCUUUGAAAAACUUAAGCUGGCACAGAGAUUUUUGCAAGGAAAAUGUAGCAUUUAUUUUAUACACUGUAAUGAGUCAUCCUCUCUUGUACAGCCUAUAUAAAUUUCCCUGUGACUUUUUUUUAAGGAAAAAUUGGAAACUUGUAAAAAGCAAACAAACAAAACAGCUAGGCUUACGUUUUGGAUGCUACAGACCAUUGCAUUGUAUAGCUAACAUACCUGAUUCUAGAUAUGAAGAUUGAAGUUAGAUCCUGGAAGAGCUUGUUUAUGAAUCAUCUUUUGUUCCAGAAUCUAACAGCUAAAUUAUAAAGCCUGAAAGAAGGAUUAAGGCCAGCAUGUUCAGGAGCAGAUGAAGGAAGAUCGGCUUUUCUGGUUGAAACAGGGGCUUGAUUGCAUGAUCAUGCUUAUUUUAAUUGUUUAUCCUUGAGUGUUCUGAAGAAUAAACGCAUGUAAAGCAAUUUCACGGGCUUAUUAUCUUAUUCAUCCUAGGUUAAGUGAAAUGCAUAAAUUCUCCCAAAGUACCUUUAAACAGCUUCUCCUUCAGUUGUCUUGGAUAUAAUUUUAUCUAAUUCCAUCCCUCCUGGCCAGGUUGGACGUUGCAGCCUGAAGUCAAAUGCAAAUUCUAGCCUCAUAAGAACUGAUGAAGUUAAACAAGUAUCAACGUGGAAAGUGAGAGCUCAAAUUUAACUGAUGGAGACUUCUGAGGAAACUUCGUAGUGUGUGUAAGUGGCAGGCCCACUCUGUGAAACUGCUGUAAUAUGUUCUAGAAUGUAUCUGUCCUAUGCUGUUAACGUUUGGGUUGUAGGGCUUGUGAAACUGCCUCUUCCUUCUCUUUAGUUUCCCAGCAGCCAAACUUGUGCUUCUCACAAAGCAUCACAUUCACACAACCAAAAAAAAGGGGGGGUUUGUUACUAUGGAGCACUGUGUCUGAAACCUGGGAAACUGAGAAACGCAGGAAAGAAAUGUUUGUGAAAGAAAAGUAAUUAUUUGUGUGGCAGCUUAGGUGAGCACUGUCUCUGUACUUCACUGUAAAUACUGAAGAAGUGUAAACUUCUGGAGUGUGUUGUGUAUAGCUGGCUGUAUAUAACUAAUGGUAGCUAAUACUGUGAUAAAGUUUCCUCAGUUUUCUUUGCAGUCUACUAAUGUAACUCCUUAUUUCACGUGCAAGCAGUGUUCUAAUUUGUCUUGAGUCAGUAGAGAAACUUUCAUGUUUGUGAAACUUUGUCUUGCUGUAAGUAUGCUACGUGCUGUCUGUUAAAUGCCUAUAAUAUGGAGGAAUUUUUCUUUUGAGACAAAAAAGACCUUGUAGAGAGAUCUGCUAGCACAUAGUCUAGAUUCCAUGUGUAAAUAAACAUUAAUUGUAUUGUCUCUCUGGCUUCUCUGUAUAAAGUCUGUUUCAUUCACAGAGUUUAUAAAAUAAAAUUUCCUUUGUAUCA